UCACCCCCUACUUUCCUAUACAUAUGUUUUUACUUUAUUCCACCCUCUGAUUGCGCUCCUGGUGUAUAUUACCUAAUCGUAUCACUCCAAAAUCAAAAAUGUCCGACUGCAAACCGGAACUGAUCCGGCAACUCCAGCUUCUCGCGAACGACCACAAGACGCGCAACGACACCUUUCGCGUCCGGGCCUACAACAAGGUGUUACAGUCACUGAAAGAUUCCAACGCGGUCGGGGCGAUCAAGACGGAAAAGGAUCUCGACAAUGUUCCGGGGUUGAGCAAAACCGGGUCGAUCCGGCAGCGGAUGGUGACGAUUAUCAAAAAUUUCUCCGCCGCAUCAUCAAAGGCUACCAGUGCUUCUACCUCUUUAUCCCCUGCUUCAACAAACAAACGAAAGCGCAGCGACAGUGUGGACAGCAAUAGUAUUAAACAAGCGAACAGCCAGCAAGGAAAUAGUAGUAGCGCAGGAGCGGGAAGUAGUCAGAAGAUAAACAGCCAGGAUCUGGACCUUCCAGAAGUGAAAAAGAUCAAAGAGUCCAAGGAGUCGCAGAUUCUCCAACAGUAUACAUUGCAAAACUGUCUGGGUCUGGAAGGAUGCAAAGUUUGUCAUGCUUGUCUGACAUAACUGAAGAGUUUGUGAUGCAUGUCCAAGAAGAGCAAGAGACCCUCUUGCUUGUAAUGCAAAAACGCAGUUUUUUAUGCGGAAACCGCAACACUCAGGCGCGCAAAUAUUUUUCGUGCUUGGCUGUGCAGCAAUGCAGCGCAUUCACUAUUCCCAGCGCAGCAUUACAAGUUUCCAGACUCAGACAACAUAUUUGCAUUUGAUCAACAGCUGCAGAAGAUCCAUGGAUUCGGCGGCGUCCGGGCGCAGCAGCUCGUGAACAGUUACAAGGUAAGAAGUCUGGCCGACUUGCUGAAAUUGCCCGACAAUGUUCUAACCCGGACGGAGAAAAUUGGCGUGGAAUACUACGACGAUAUCAACGCAGACAUCCCGCGACAAGAGACCGAGCAGCACGUUGUGUUUCUGAAAAAACAAGUGGAGAAAUUGAGUGCCGUGUUGAAGAAGGAUAGUACCAGCACUAACAGUAAAAGUAGCCAAAUUAUAUUAAAUGAUCUCCAAUUUUCCUGCGAAGUGACCGGCUCCUUCCGGCGGGGGGAAAAGAAAAACGGCGAUAUCGAUCUAGUUUUGACUAUGAAAAACCACAAAACCACUCUCGAACCGAAGAAGGUUUUCCAGGGAUUUUUAGCCUUGUUGGCAGAAACCGGGUAUUUGACGGAAACUUUGUAUGAAAGCGUCAGAAUCGAAAUCACCAAAAUCGAAAUAGUUUGUGAUGCAUAAAAUCGAUGCCACUUGGGGCCUCAGUUUCCAAGUGGAGCAUGACAAAUUUCGGGAGCGCCAAAAUCCAGUCUGUCAUGCUGUUUGGGCAAAUAAGACCGCUCCUGUCAUGCUACUCUGGCAAUUCAUUUUUAGGGCUAAACAGGCUUGCAAUCGGUCAUAUUUGCCUCCUCUCCAACACUGGCCUUCUGUGCCCUACAUUUUACGCAUUACAAAUAUUUUGAUUUUGUCGAUUUCGAUCCUGACACUCCCAUACUUUGGCUUCGUCGGUGGAAUUGGAGAAUUACGGAAAUAGUUCGUAUUCACCGGCUAUCAAAUGCAAAAAUGUCUGGGUCUGGAAGAUUGCCAGGUUUGUGAUGCAUAUUUUGCAUAACCCAUGAUGCCUGUAAUGCAUGAACUAACAUCACAGGUUCUUAAGGGUCCUUCUGAUGCGUAUUCCGCAUGAGACAUGCCCACUCCGCGCAGCACAAACUGAACCCCUCUUGCUGGUCAUGCAAUACAGAUUUUCUUUACCUUCCAAAGACAGCAUCACAAGUUGCAACCUUCCAGACCCAGACAUUUUUGCAUUUGAUACCGGCGGGGAAAAACAAUAACAAGGGUAGUAUAAAAAUAAAAGCCGGUCGCUCGUCAACUUCAUCCUCGUCCUCUUUGAAUAAUAAACCCUCGUCGACGUCGUCGACCCCGAGCCUAACUUUUUCCCCUUCCAGCAGACUACACGGAGCUGCAAUACAAAAGGUUAAUUCUGAUUCCUCUACAAGUUCCAACAACUGGUCGUUGAAAUGGACUAUCAAAUGCAAAUAUGUCUGGGUCUGGAAGAAUGCAAGUUUGUCAUGCUUGUCUGGCGUGACUCAUAAAUCUGUAAUGCAUGAGCAGGAAAAUGGCCUCUUUCCUGUCACACAAAAACGCAGUUUGCCAUGCGGAAAACGAAACACAGUAGUAGCUUAAAAAUUUGUCAUGCUUGGCUGCGUAUUGCAGUCCGCCCACCAGUCACAUUUUAGCAUCACAACUUUCCAGACCCAGGCACUUUUGCAUUUGAUAUGGAUGGGUCUGGCGAAACUUUUUCUCCACGACAACGACAAGCUCAACAAGCACCGGAGAUUGGACAUUCUGUUCGUCCCUUCGGAAAUUUACCCCUUCACGCUGGUCUAUGAGAGUUGAUAACUCUCCCUUCCCCUCAUUUGUAUUGCAUGAACAGCAAUACAACCGUUGGCAAGAGUGCGGGUUUUCCAUGACAAAUUCACCCAGGACUCUAGUGCUGGUUGAUCUUUCUGCCAGAACCUGUCAUGCAAAAGGUGCCAAGAGGCAAAUAGUGGAUUUGGUAUUUUGCAUGACAAAUGAGAGGGAGGGGUUGUGCACUGUCAUAUGGUCCAUUUCACGGGCAAUGCGCUGUUCAACAUCGAUCUGAGGAACCACGCGCUAAACUGCGGCUACAGUUUGUCCGAGCACGGUUUCCGGUACGUAAAGAAGGAAAGCAGUGCGAGUCAAGCUGCGCUGAACAAGAAAACACCCUCGAAUCAGUACUCGAACCAAUUUGUUUCCGAGCUGGACAUUUCGAAAAAACUGAACAAGAAGAAAUUCGAGACCGAGGCGGACGUGUUUCGCUUUUUGGGCUUGAAAUACAUCAACCCGGGGGACAGGAAACAUGGAGUGUUAGGGAAGCAUCGACUCUAGAUUGAUAGAUGAGGAGGUUCUUCAUGCAUGAUAGCAAAUUUUUGCUCCUGCUGUUUUCGAAGAUUAUACUGACGAGGAGGUAAUAAAUAUGGUUUUGUGUAGCAGGUAGGGGUACCUCUACCUGCUGUUCGAGGACAACAGGUCGGUCUGUGGAUCUCCUGUAGGAUCUUGUCAGAACAAAAAGACCGCCAAAAAGUAGUCCUCUCAAGAACUCGAAGCAGAAGUACACAAGAGAG